ACCAUCAUAAUAAACUCAGUCCGUCAUAAACUGUGGGGUGCAUAAUAAUAGACCAUCAUAAACUUUGGGGUGCAAAGUCAAAAUCUGCCCCCGAGUAGUUUGAUACAUUUUGUUCUUUCCCGCCGUUGAAUUUCCGCCGGAAGUCCGACCAGCGAAUUCAUCGAAUUCAUCAUCGUCUCCGGGGAGUACUAUCACUAGCAGAUUCUUGAUCCCGAGGGGGACUGAUCUGGGUUCGGAAUUCUGGUGGAUGUUGGCUCUUCCCGAACUCACCGCUCCGUAUAUGCGAGGCUCGGGGCAAAUGGUGAAUUAUCUUCACUCGGGCAUUUCAUCAAACGCCUAUAGAUCAAGCUUGUCCAGGACUUCUGCCAGAUGAACGAGUCGAACUUCCACCGCCUUAGCCUGUUCAAAGCCGUAACCAGCGAUAGGGUCUCAAUGUGGGUCGAUCCUUAAACCGAGAGUGAAUGUUCUCGGCUAACAAAGGGAAUUCCUUUUUGGUAAAUUCCAGGCUGCCAUGAUCGUGCUGGGAUGGCUUUUAUGCCACCAAGAGCAAUUCUUGCGUGUCUCCGGGUGUCUCAGAGCUGUUCGGGGCGAUUCUGUGCUGCCCUUUUCGCUCCAAGUUCUGCUUUAGCGUCGGCACGAGACGGAGAGUUAUCGUGGGCUUCAUGUUUUUUGAAUUUCUCCACGAGCGUACGCAAGAAAGGGUCAUCUUCGAGAGAAUCCUCUCGAGAAGCUCUCUUGAUGAAGCUUGGAGCUGCCUUGAACGAUCACAAGAUUGAAGUUGCUUGGAAGACCUUCAGUUCUUUCAGGAAGUUGUAUGGCCUUCCCGACAUUUCAAUCACCAGUCAAUUAAUCACUGGCUUAGCCUACUCUUCCGAUCCACAAUGGCUGCAAAAUGCCUGCAACUUGGUAUUCCUACAUAUGCGGAAAAAACCGGGUCUUUUUCGACUCGAAGUCUUGGCAAAGCUCGCUCUCUCGAUGGCGAGAGCUCAAUUGCCUAUUCUCACAAUGAAAAUUCUCCGCUUGCUUCUGGAGAAAAACUGUCUUCCACCCUUGAAUGUGUUGUCGUCAAUAGUUCUUCACAUGGUAAAGACAGAGGAUGGGGCAUGUCUCGCGUCAAACUUCUUGAUUCAGAUCUGCCAUGAUCUCUCCAACAAGACAAAGCCCGAUACUGUGAUCUUUAACCUUGUACUCGAUGCUUGUGUGAGGUUUGGAUCAUCAUUGAAGGGACAGGAGCUUAUUGAGCUGAUGGCUCGAGUAGGAGUUGUUGCUGACGGGAAUUCCCUUGUUAAUUUUUCACGUAUUCAUGAGAUGAAUGGUCAGAGGAACGAGAUAGCAAAAUAUAAGGAGUUCAUUGAUCGAGUUUCUAUGCCAUUGUUAGUUCAUCACUACAGCCAGUUUUACAAUUGCCUGUUGAGCUUGCACUUUAAGUUCAACGAUAUCGAUUCUGCUGCCAAGUUAGUUCAGGAUAUAUACAGAGGCCGGGACACUUCAUUUUUGACGGAGGAAUCAAAGUGUCAAUUUGUGCCAAUUGGAUCUCAUAAUCUCAAGCAUGGGUUGAAGAUACUGGUCCAGCCGGAGAAAAUGGAUGAAGCUUGCUCCAUUGCUGUGGAAAAUGAGAAGUAUAUUGUUUUCAGUAACGGGAAGCUUGAUAUCAGUAAAAUCGCUCUUGCAAAGUUAAUGCAUGGGUACAGGAAAGAUGAUAAGGUUGAUGGGCUCUCAAGGUUUCUUUUUAGUUUACGAAAUUAUAUAAGUUUGUUGGACGUAGUGAAUGCCUGCAUUCAUACUGGUUGGCUUGAGACUGCUCAUGACGUUUUGGAUGACUUGGAAUCAGCUGGUUCGCGUAUCGACCCUGCGGCGUAUAGUUCACUCUUGGAAGCAUAUAGUUGUAAAGGCAUGAUAAGGGAAGCCAAAGGUUUAGUGAAACAGAUGCAAAAGUUGGGUUUGAUCUCUGAUAUGCCCGAUGAAAUGACCGUCUCAACACUAUUGGAAAACGAGAAAGCACGAAGAAGUGCAGAAUUUUCUAAUACGAUCGGGAAAUCUGAUCUCACGGAAUUGUUGGUACAAGAGAUGAGAGAGGAGGAGAACGAACUUCCUUCGGUGGUUUAUGAAGUGAAUUCUUCAAUCUACUUCUUCUGCAAGGCCAAGAUGAUGGGCGACGCCCUGAGAACCUACCGAAGAAUGCAAGAAAUUAAUCUGCGACCAACUGAGCAAACUUUCGCUGCUAUGUUGUCCGGGUAUUCUUCUUUGAAGAUGUACCGAGAUGUGACAAUUCUAUGGGGGGAUAUCAAAAGGAACAUAUUGAGUGGAAACUUAGUGAUAAGCCGGGACCUUUGUGAAUCCUUGCUGGUGAACUUCAUUCGAGGCGGUUACUUCGAGAGGGUUAUGGAGAUUAUUACAUUCAUGGAGGAAAAGAAUAUGUUUGCUGAUAAGGGAAUGUGCAGAUGGGAGUUUCUGAAGCUCCAUAAGAAUCUUUACCGGAGACUGAAAGCAUCAGAAGCCACGACCGAGGCUCAGAUAAAGAGGCUUGAAUGUGUCAAGGAAUUCAGGAAAUGGAUCUUUAUGGAUUGAGAUUUCGAUGCACUUUCUAAUUUCUCGUCGCUUCUUGUGAUUAUCGAUCAAUUCAGUUACUGAUAGCUCGAAAAUAACAUCAUACUUUCCUGUGAGGUAUGGUCAUUCAAUCUUAUGUAAGACAAUUCAUGCCCCGUUACAUUCCUAAGUUUUGCCCA